AUGUGGGGAAGCGCUACAUUCGACCCGGAUCGCGAAAUCCCAGACCUUUCGGGAAAGACCAUCCUCAUCACUGGCGGCAGCAGCGGUCUCGGGCUCGAAUCCGUUCGGCAACUCGCCAGACAUGGCGCCAAUGUCAUUCUUGCAGCCAGAAAUAAGUCUAAGUCGCUCGCUGUCAUCGAGCAACUCAAGACUGAACAUUCACACGCCCACAUCUCGUUCCUGCAGCUCGACCUCGCAUCCUUCGCUUCUGUCGCAGCUGCUGCAAAGACUGUGCUCACCGAGAACGACAGAAUGGACGUGCUGAUGAAUAACGGUGGCAUCAUGGCCGUGCCGGAGGGUUUGACGGUGGAAGGAUAUGAGAUACACUUCGGGACGAACCACAUGGGUCAUGCGCUGCUGACGAAAUUGCUGAUGCCGUUGUUGCUCAAAACGUCGGAUCUGCCUGGUGCUGACGUCCGCAUCGUCAACCUAACUUCCAUUGCCCAGGAGCAGCUCGCACCCACUGCCGGCUUCCUGCCAUCUGAAGCAAAGACAACAAUGCCGAACAGAGGGACUUGGGAGCGAUAUGGACACAGCAAGCUCGCCAAUGUCCUGUUCACCAAAGCUCUGUCGCAGAGGUAUCCGCAGCUGACAUGCGUGGCAGUACAUCCCGGUGGCGUUAAGACGGAUUUGGCAGACACAGUGUCGGCAAUUCGAACUGGUUGA